AAAAAAAAGAAAAGAAAAGCAAUCGAGUGCAGAGGUGCAGCAGCAGUUAGUAAUAAAUUGGUGGCAAGUGGCAACCGGAAACUCCCUUGUGUGGUUCCGUUUGGGUUUCUCCUCGUCCUCACCUCGCAAGCCCAAACCACGUUCCACCCUCUGUUAACCAUUCAAAUCUGAAUCCUCCGCCACAUUCACAAUUCAUUUUCAUCUCUUAUCUGGGCUGGGCUGGGCUGGGCUGGGCUUGACAUGGCUAUUCUCGCAGCGGCUGUCGUGGUGCCACUGGGCCUGCUCUUCUUCGCCUCCGGCCUCCUGGUUAAUCUCAUUCAGGCGGUGUGCUAUGUCCUUGUGAGACCGGUGUCCAAGAAUUUGUACAGACGGAUCAACCGGGUAGUAGCAGAGCUGUUGUGGCUUGAACUUGUGUGGCUUAUCGAUUGGUGGGCAGGAGUUAAGGUCCAAAUAUUCACAGAUCAUGAAACCUUUCGUUUAAUGGGUAAAGAACAUGCUCUAGUGAUAAGCAAUCACAGAAGUGAUAUUGAUUGGCUUGUUGGAUGGGUUUCAGCUCAGCGUUCAGGUUGCCUUGGCAGCGCUCUAGCUGUGAUGAAGAAAUCUUCAAAGUUUCUGCCGGUCAUUGGCUGGUCAAUGUGGUUUUCUGAGUAUCUUUUUCUGGAGAGAAGUUGGGCCAAGGAUGAAAGCACAUUAAAGUCAGGUAUUCAACGACUGAGUGAUUUCCCUCUUCCCUUUUGGUUGGCUCUCUUUGUAGAAGGAACACGCUUUACACAGGCCAAACUAUUAGCUGCUCAGGAAUAUGCAACUUCCACUGGAUUGCCUGUUCCUAGAAACGUUUUAAUUCCAAGAACUAAGGGAUUUGUUUCUGCAGUAAGUCAUAUGCGCUCAUUUGUUCCAGCCAUUUAUGAUGUAACAGUGGCUAUCCCUAAGAGUUCCGCUGCUCCUACAAUGCUAAGACUCUUCAAGGGGCAACCUUCAGUGGUGCAUGUUCAUAUCAAGCGGCAUUUGAUGAAGGAAUUGCCAGAAACAGAUGAGGCUGUUGCUCAAUGGUGUAGAGAUAUAUUUGUCGCCAAGGAUGCUUUGUUAGACAAACAUAUAGCUGAGGAUACCUUUAGUGAUCAAGAGCUACAGGAUACUGGUCGACCAAUAAAGUCUCUUCUGGUAAUUAUAUCUUGGGCUUGUCUUCUUGUUGCGGGGUCUGUGAAGUUCCUACAAUGGUCUUCACUACUAUCUUCCUGGAAGGGUGUUGCGUUCUCAGCUUUUGGUUUGGCAGUUGUUACUGCACUUAUGCACAUUUUGAUUCAAUUCUCACAGUCAGAGCGUUCAAACCCUUCCAAGAUCGCCCCUGCCAAGUCAAAAUACAAGGGGGAACAACUGGAGGCUAAGAAUGAUAAACAACAGUAGAUUACUCACCUAUUGCCCAGACCCAACUUUUGGAAACAUAGAUAGGGACUUCAUCUACAAUCUUCUUUUGGCGAACUUAAGGUGGCAUUUAUGUGUGAUGAAUGACUCACGUAAUACUCAUUAUUUUUCUUUAAAAAAUAUUACCAUAGUAUGUUUCUAUUCUAUAUAAUAUAUAUGUAGUAUUAUGUUUGCUUAUCGAUUCAUUGUUUCUUAAAUUAAUUAGGAUGACUAUCGGCAAUCUAGGAUGGGUUAAACAUUCUACCGCAUCCUUUAUUUUAUUUUUGGCUUAUUUAUGCACUUGUAAUUUUUUGGUACACGAAGCUAUCGUCCAAUGAACAGUUUUUCUAGUUUUACCAUUGAUGAGGAUGGUGACAUGGUCCUGGUUGAGGCAAAAGCUGGAAUGUGGGGUUAUCGUUAUUUUCCUCAAUUUUAGACCUCUACUGUCCCUGAUGUUAAUGGCAAUUCUUGACACCCUAGUGUGUAACUAUCACUGUAAUAUGUAUUAUUUCUGUUGUGAGUGUUGUUAAAAUGCACCUUAAGAUCAAGGAAUUGAUAAUAAUAUUUGAUUAGUUGAAAGGCA